CUUGGCUCGAGCAUGUACCUCGAGGUAACGCGUAACGCGUAGCACUCACAAAGAGGAGACGUGAGGCGUCGGAGAUGGAUCUAAGGGCUAAUGCAAGUAGUGCAUGCAUUUAGUGAGGCGACGACUCCGCAUUCGGGUCGAGUGUCUGAACCCUGCAUUUGCAUCCAUCUGUACUAUGGCUACGUACCUCUACUCCGCCUUCUAUUAGGUUGGAGCUUAUCAACUCUUUGUUCUUAUCAGUUCUGGCUGACCUUUCUCAGCUGUCUCAUCCCCCAUCUUCCACAUUCACUCUUUGAAUAACAUCAACAACCACUGAAGUUUGGCCGUCGGUAAUCGGCCAUCUCUUCAACAUGGCGUCUAGAAGCCUCAUCCCAUUUCUCGUAGCCAUGAUGCUGCUCACAGGUGUUUGCAACACCUUGUUGACCAAGUAUCAGGUAUGACGACAUGCGCUGCGCAUCCGCUGUUCCGCCAUGUUAGCAGAGCUGUAACUGACUCACCUCUCCAUAGGACAACCAAUGUGUUCGAAACUGUGGUCCCGAUGACAAUCCAAGGAAGCGCGCUUUCUUCAACCAGCCGGUUCUCCAAACCGCCCAGAUGUUUAUCGGCGAGAUGGGCUGCUGGCUGGUUGUUGGCCUCAUGGCUCUCUGGCGACGAUUCAAGGGUUCUGCACCAGAAGACCGAGGCUAUCAAGCUGUUGAUACCGAGGAAAAUGGCGAUGCUGAAGCUGCGCCCCAAGCCGACGAUCGCACUAAGCUCCUUCACAAUGGCCCAUCCAUCUUGAGGGGAUACCGAGUUGCCUUGCUUGCUCUGCCCGCUAUUUGCGACAUCUGCGGUACCACGCUCAUGAACGCUGGACUUCUCAUGGUUGCUGCAUCCAUCUACCAGAUGACACGAGGUGCUCUAGUCUUGUUCGUCGGUCUCUUCAGCGUCGUCUUCCUCAAGCGACACUUGCACCUCUUCCAGUGGCUAUCCCUCGUCGGUGUUGUUCUGGGUGUCGCAGUCGUUGGUUUGGCGGGAGCUAUUUGGCCAGAUGAGAAGCCUGAGAACUCCAUUGGACAGCCCGAGGAGGACUCGGCUACUGACGGAGGUCUUUCAGACGCUGCCAGAGCCAUUGUGGGUGUUUUGCUUAUCGCUGGUGCCCAGAUCUUUACAGCCACUCAGUUCGUCCUCGAGGAAUAUCUCCUAGAGAGAUCUACAAUUGACCCAAUCAGAGUGGUCGGCUGGGAGGGCAUCUUUGGUUUCAGUGUUACCCUCCUUGCUAUGCUUGUUCUGCAUGCCACUAUCGGCUCCACUGAAGCUGGCAAAUAUGGAUAUUUUGACAUUGUCGAGGGCUGGCGCCAGAUGACCGAGAACAAGCAGGUCCUCAUUUCUAGCUUUCUUAUCAUGAUCAGCAUUGGUGGCUUCAACUUCUUUGGCUUGUCCGUUACACGAAGCGUCAGCGCUACUUCUCGAUCUACCAUCGACACUUGCAGAACCCUGUUCAUCUGGAUCGUCUCCCUUGGCUUGGGCUGGGAGACUUUCAAGUGGCUCCAAAUUGUCGGUUUCGCCCUGCUUGUUUACUUCACCUUCUUGUUCAACGGUAUCGUUCAGCCUCCUCUGGAGUUCCUCAGAGUCCCAGAUGAAGACAUCGAGGAGCUCUUGCCUGAGGAGCCCAUUGAGCACCGUUAAGUGAAGCAUUCUGUGCUGCGACACUACAUCAUAUCAUGUUGGGCCAGAGUUUUGGAAUCAUCUGCAUGUUCGAACGGCGUCUAGGUUUGGAGUAUAGGAUUUAGUCGAAUAGUUUAUCAUAUUGAAAUUCAGCUCCAAUGGCUAAGAAACAUAACUAUCUCUGGUUUGUCCUUGUCAUGGUCAAAAGCAGUGUGUAGGCCACCCAAAAAUGCAGUCAACGCCUGUGCAUCCGAUAUCCAGAUAACGCCUGAGACAAAAGCAGCCAACGAGCACGCUUGGCGGUGCCUCGACUACCUGGCCUCAAGUAACAUUACAUAGCAGCUCAGCCUCGAGAAUAAACUUGCCCUCCUUGUACUUCUCUGAAGAUUCGUAUGCCUUGUCGUACUUCCAUCCAACGGUCUCCUUGCACUGACGGCAUGUAAUAUCACGGACUACGUGUCGACCGGUCGUCAUGUUACGUUCGUUCGGAGGACCCGUCUCGAUAUUGACGACGUUGUGAAAGAGGUAGGCCUUGCCAUGUUGACCACGGAAAUUCUGGUACCGGCAUCAGCGGACAGGAAUCUACAGGGGAGUUAAGAGGUUGGAGAGUUUGAGAAUAACAUACACGGCUGAUAAUAUCCUCAUGGUUAGCAAGAUGGGCCUUGCAUGUCUUGCAGCCGUAGAUCUUGCUGCUAUUCAGGUAGGUGUUGUAAGCCAGCCCCAUGAUGCGGGGCCCUGAGGCAGACGAAGGGCGAUGCCAAACUGGAAGAGUAUUGGAGGUGUUUAUAUACUGAUAUUGCGCAAAGUUGAAGUUGUCGAGAUGUACCGUGAACUUGCUGCGUGUGUCUAAGUUGAGAAGGGAAAGUUGAAGGAACAGUGGAGAAGGCUCACGAUAGGUCACGGUAGGAAUGGCACGUCAUGAGGCCGG